CCUUCGCACAAUGCAAACGAGCCUCCCAAAUCUCCCUUUUCCGGAUUAUGGAGACGCAGUUCUCGACGCAUCUGGUAUUCAUAGCUCUGCUGAAUCUGGUCCACGGACGUAUCCUAGCACAGAUCUUGAGUCCCUCACGCCUUGGACCUCUUUCCCAGAUGACAUACACCAAGCCAUCUUAGCAGCCACUCCCGCACAUUUACUUCACGCAGCUCCUUUCCCCAUCGAUGGUCACAACGGCGACAGCGUUGUUGAGAACGAACUAGCGAUCCAUAUUCAUGCGGUGGCCGCCUUACUUACAGUGUUUUGCAUGUGA